AUGUUGGGCACCGGCAGCUCGAUCGAGGGUCACCUCCGAGAUCACGCCAAAGAGAAAUACAUCGGAACGGCUGCCACAUCCAAUGCACUGGGAGACCAGAAAUACCUGGAAGUGUUGGGCCAGGAGUUCAACGCCAUGUCACCCGAGAAUGAGAUGAAGUGGGGUUUCCUGGAGACGAGUAAAGGGAACUACCAGUGGGGGAAUGCCGACAAACUGGUGGCCCUCGCCGAGCAGCACAACAUGAAGUUCAGGGGACACACCUUCCUGUGGCACAAUCGCAUCCCAGAGUAUGCCAUGGCUUUGGACGGCAAAAAGUCUGAACUUGAGAAAGUAGUUAAGGAUCAUAUCAACACAGUUGCUGGACACUUUAAGGGUAAGAUCUACGCGUGGGAUGUCGUCAAUGAGGUGCUCAAUGAGGACGGGUCGGGCAAUAAGCUAAGGAACAGCCUAUUCUCGCGAACUCUGGGCUCUGGUUUUGUUGAGGAGGCCUUCCAUACGGCACACGCGGCCGACCCUAACGCCAAGCUAUACAUCAAUGACUACGGCAUCGAAGCCAAGAACAAGAAGUCGGACGCCUUAUACGAGUUGGUGAAGGAGUGGAAGGCUAAGGGAGUUCCCGUUCAUGGGGUCGGU